AUGUCGAAACCAAUGGGACUCCUAUGGCUGCCUUUGAUCUUCACCCCAGUGUGUGUCAUGUUGAAUUCCAACUUCCUCCUUUGGAUAACUGCACUGGCUAUAAGAUUUACUCUCAUUGAUGGCCAAGCACAAUACCCAGUUGUUACCACGAAUUACGGCAAAAUACGUGGUUUAAGAACACCUUUACCAAAUGAGAUCCUUGGUCCAGUGGAGCAGUACCUGGGUGUUCCUUAUGCUUCUCCUCCGACUGGAGAAAGGCGAUUUCAGCCCCCGGAGCCACCAUCAUCCUGGACAGGUGUCCGCAACGCCACGCAAUUUGCCGCCGUCUGCCCCCAGUACCUGGAUGAGAGGUCACUGCUCAACGACAUGCUGCCAGUCUGGUUUACAGCCAAUCUGGAUACUGUGGUGACAUAUGUUCAAGAUCAGAAUGAAGACUGUCUGUAUUUGAAUAUCUAUGUGCCCACAGAGGAUGGAGCCAACACAAAGAAAAGCGCAGAUGAUAUAACCAGUAAUGAUCGUGGUGAAGAUGAAGACAUUCAUGAUCAGAACAGCAAGAAACCUGUUAUGGUCUACAUCCAUGGUGGAUCUUACAUGGAGGGUACUGGAAAUAUGAUUGAUGGCAGCAUUCUUGCAAGCUAUGGAAAUGUCAUUGUUAUCACUCUCAAUUACAGGCUGGGUGUUCUAGGUUUUUUAAGUACCGGGGACCAAGCUGCAAAAGGCAAUUAUGGAUUGCUUGACCAAAUCCAAGCUUUACGUUGGAUUGAAGAAAAUAUUGGAUCUUUUGGAGGAGACCCAAAAAGAGUUACUAUUUUUGGAUCUGGGGCAGGAGCUUCCUGUGUCAGUCUCCUGACACUCUCUCACUAUUCAGAAGGUUUGUUCCAAAAGGCAAUCAUACAGAGUGGAACAGCUCUUUCCAGCUGGGCAGUAAACUACCAGCCUGCCAAGUACACUCGGAUACUGGCAGAUAAAGUGGGCUGUGACAUGCUGGAUACUACUGAUUUGGUUGAAUGUCUACGGAAUAAGAAUUACAAAGAACUCAUUCAACAGACCAUCACUCCAGCCACUUACCACAUUGCCUUUGGGCCUGUGAUAGAUGGAGACGUGAUUCCAGACGACCCUCAGAUUCUCAUGGAGCAAGGGGAAUUCCUUAACUAUGAUAUAAUGCUGGGUGUGAAUCAAGGGGAAGGCUUAAAAUUUGUGGAUGGCAUUGUAGACAAUGAAGAUGGUGUUUCCCCCAAUGAUUUUGACUUUUCUGUCUCCAAUUUUGUGGACAAUCUCUAUGGUUAUCCAGAAGGGAAAGAUACACUGCGAGAGACCAUUAAAUUCAUGUACACUGACUGGGCAGACAAAGAAAACCCUGAAACAAGACGGAAGACUCUGGUUGCUCUUUUUACAGACCACCAGUGGGUUGCUCCAGCUGUUGCUACUGCUGAUCUGCAUGCCCAGUAUGGAUCUCCAACAUAUUUCUAUGCAUUUUAUCACCAUUGCCAAAGUGAAAUGAAACCCAACUGGGCCGAUUCAGCUCAUGGUGAUGAAGUCCCUUACGUGUUUGGGAUUCCUAUGAUUGGCCCCACAGAACUGUUCAAUUGCAACUUUUCCAAGAAUGAUGUCAUGCUCAGUGCAGUUGUUAUGACAUACUGGACUAACUUUGCCAAAACCGGAGAUCCAAACCAGCCUGUCCCACAGGACACAAAGUUCAUCCACACAAAACCAAACCGUUUUGAAGAGGUGGCCUGGUCCAAAUACAAUCCUAAAGACCAGCUUUACCUGCAUAUUGGCCUGAAGCCCCGAGUUCGUGAUCACUACCGAGCAACAAAAGUCGCUUUCUGGUUGGAACUCGUACCGCACCUUCACAACCUGAACGAGAUAUUUCAGUAUGUUUCCACAACAACUAAAGUCCCCCCUCCUGACAUGACAUCAUUUCCUUACGUGACCCGACGUUCACCUGGCAAAUUGUGGCCAGCCACCAAACGUCCUGCCAUGACACCCGCCAACAACCCCAAACAUUCAAAAGACACCCACAAAACAGCUCCAGAGGACACGACGGUUCUGAUAGAGAAUAAGCGCGAUUACUCCACAGAGCUGAGCGUUACUAUUGCUGUGGGAGCAUCCUUACUGUUCCUCAAUAUUUUAGCUUUUGCUGCACUGUACUACAAGAAGGACAAGCGGCGUCACGAGACCCACAGGCGCCCCAGCCCCCAGAGGAACACAACCAAUGACAUCGCACACAUACAAAAUGAAGAGAUUAUGUCACUGCAGAUGAAACAGCUGGAACAUGAUCAUGAGUGUGAAUCCCUGCAGGCCCAUGACACACUGAGACUCACCUGCCCACCUGACUACACCCUUACUUUGAGAAGGUCCCCAGACGACAUCCCGCUAAUGACACCCAACACCAUAACCAUGAUCCCAAAUACAUUAACAGGAAUGCAGCCUUUGCAUACUUUCAACACCUUCAGUGGAGGACAAAACAGUACAAAUUUGCCCCAUGGACAUUCGACCACUAGGGUAUAG